AGGGAAGCACCUCCUUUGAUGCUCUUUUUGGGGUCAAAAAGAAUCACCUGCAGAGAGAAAGCAUUAUUAUUUUUGAAGUGUUACAACAGUUACAGAAAUUGACUGUAGUUCAAACAAAAGGUUUAAGUUUAAAACAUGGAAAGUCAAGACCCUGCUGUUGUUGAGGCAGUAAAGGCAUCAGGCGAGUCCAACCUAGAAAGAGCUACCGCAAAGGCUAAAGAAACAUUUGAUCAGUUAAUGAAUGUCUCACUUAACAUCGCUGUGACUGGAAAGACAGGAUCUGGGAAAUCCUCCUUUGUAAAUGCACUUAGAGGUCUAAAUGAUGACGAUGAUGAAGCAGCACCUACUGGAGUCAUAGAAACUACAGAAGAGGUCAUUAUGUAUGAGCGUCCUGAAAUGCCAAAUGUGAAAAUCUGGGACCUGCCUGGAAUAGGAAGUCCAAACUUUAAAGCAAAUAAAUACCUCAAAGAUGUCAAAUUUGACACCUAUGAUUUCUUCAUUAUCCUCAAUUCAGAGAGGUUCAUGCAGAAUGACAUAAUGCUGGCUAAAGAAGUAAGAAAACGGAAAAAAAACUUCUACUUUGUUCGUUCCAAGAUUGACAGCGACAUUUUUGCAGAACAAAGGAAAAGAGGAUUUGAUGAAAAGGAAGUUCUUUCAAGAAUAAGAGGAGACUGCCAGAAAAACUUGAAAGAAUUGGGAGACCCCAAAGUUUUCUUGAUAUCAUCUUUUGAAUUGGACAAAUAUGAUUUUGAAAUGCUUCAAAACACACUUGUCGAAGAACUUCCAAUCCAUAAGAAAUCUGCUCUUCUACAAGCCUGGCCAGUGUGCUCUGCUGAAUGCCUUGAAAAAAAGAUCAGGUUCUUUGAACGUCAGAUCUGGGCUGUAUGUCUCGCCUCUGCUGGUAUAGCAAUCAUCCCUGUGCCUGGUCUAUCAGCAGCAUGUGAUGCAAGCAUGGUUUCGCUUUUCUUUACAAGGUGCUUCUAUGCAUUUGGCUUGGAUGAUAGAUCACUGUCAAGGCUUUCAGAAAAAGUGAACAAGCCUUUGCAGGAAUAUCGAGCCAAAUCAAAGUUUAUUGAGGCAUUUCUAGAAAAAAUAAUGAGUAAACCACACGCCUGUGCUUCAUUCACUGCCCUGACUAUUUCUGAGUUACUUUUGAGUCUUUUUCCAGGUGUGGGCAGUGUUGCUGCUGCAGGAUUGUCUUUUGCUACUACUCAGUACCUCUUGAGACAAGGAUUAAGUGAAAUGGCAAAUAUUGCUCGAAAAAUCAGAAAAGAAGCUGAGCUGGAUGCAGUCUUAUAA